ACACUGGCAUAAAACGAAAGAAUAAUUUAAUUAUAGAAACCACACCCACCAAUUCCAUAGCUUCACAACUCCAAUCCAAUGAAGCUCCAUCACCACUAGCGAACACUUCCAUUGUUUUUAUCUCACAGGAUCGAUUUAUCCCCACCACCACCACCAUGGCAGAGGUGGCGGCGCCGAAGAAGGAAAACCCGAAUCUUCUCCUUGGGCGGUUCGAGCUCGGAAAGCUCCUCGGGCAUGGAACCUUCGCGAAGGUCCACCACGCGCGCAACAUCAAAACCGGAGAAGGAGUCGCCAUCAAGAUCAUCAACAAGGAGAAAAUCCUAAAGGGUGGUUUGGUCUCCCACAUCAAGCGCGAGAUCUCCAUCCUCCGCCGCGUGCGCCACCCCAACAUCGUGCAACUCUUCGAAGUCAUGGCCACAAAGACCAAGAUCUACUUCGUCAUGGAAUUCGUCCGUGGCGGCGAACUCUUCAACAAGGUCGCAAAGGGAAGGUUAAAAGAAGAAGUCGCCAGAAAGUACUUCCAACAGUUGGUUUCCGCGGUGGAGUUUUGCCACGCGCGCGGCGUGUUCCACAGGGAUUUAAAGCCCGAGAAUUUGUUGCUGGACGAGGAUGGGAACCUUAAAGUCUCCGACUUUGGACUCAGUGCUGUGUCGGACCAGAUAAGGCAUGACGGGCUGUUCCACACGUUUUGCGGAACACCCGCGUAUGUUGCUCCUGAGGUUUUGGCGCGGAAAGGGUACGAUGGUGCAAAGGUUGAUAUUUGGUCUUGUGGGGUUGUUUUGUUUGUUUUGAUGGCGGGUUAUUUGCCCUUCCAUGACCGUAACGUUAUGGCUAUGUAUAAGAAGAUUUACAAGGGUGAGUUUCGGUGUCCCAGGUGGUUUUCUUCUGAACUUACAAGACUUUUCUCUAGGCUUCUCGAUACUAACCCUCAGACAAGGAUUUCUAUUCCCGAAAUCAUGGAGAAUCGCUGGUUCAAGAAGGGUUUCAAGCAGAUUAAGUUUUAUGUGGAGGAUGAUAGAGUUUGUAGUUUUGAUGAGAAACAGCUGCAGCAUCAUGAUGGCGAUGAUUAUUUGGCAACAUCGGAUUCUGAGGUUGAGAUUAGAAGGAAGAAUAGUAAUUGCAAUAGUACUAGUAAUGGUAAUUCGUUGCCGAGGCCUGCGAGUUUGAAUGCGUUUGACAUAAUAUCGUUUUCUCAAGGCUUUGAUCUAUCAGGGUUGUUUGAGGAGAAGGGUGAUGAGGCGAGGUUUGUGUCUUCUGCUCCGGUGUCGAAGAUUAUAUCGAAAUUGGAGGAGGUUGCUCAGUUGGUUAGCUUCACUGUGAGGAAGAAAGAUUGCAGGGUGAGCUUGGAGGGGUGUAGAGAAGGUGUGAAAGGGCCUUUGACUAUUGCUGCUGAGAUUUUUGAGUUGACACCUUCCUUGGUGGUGGUGGAGGUGAAGAAAAAAGGAGGGGAUAAGGCAGAGUAUGAGAAGUUUUGUAACUCUGAGCUGAAACCCGCGUUGGAGAAUUUGGGGAUGGAGGAUUCUGCUUCUUCUUCUUCUUCUUGUCAUCAAUCUACACACACUCAAUCUGAAUUCCAACAACAACAUCGAACAUUUUCUGACUCUGCCCUUAACAGACAUUCAGAUAAUAAUGAAUGCUUAUAUGAACAAGAGUUGGGUCUAGCAGAAGAGACUAGUAUCCCACAACUUGGUGAACCAAAGUUCGAAUUUCAACAGGAAAAUGUGCCCAUGUUUACUAUUUGACUGUGUCUACAACACUAUUGUUUUCAAAGAAUGAAACAUGUGGAAAACCAAAAAAAGAUAAUGAAUGUUUGCAUUAAUUAAGGUACCAGGAGAAUGACAGAAGAUGACAACAUACUAUUUCUCUCUUGUUAUUUUUAGGCUGUGUGUAAGUUAAAUUUUACUUUCUUUUUCCCUCAAGAAUUUUCCGGCAUUUUUAGGUUUGCUCCUUGACUGGAGCAUUAGAUGCUACUGUAUUUCUUUGUCCAAAUGUUGUAUUAUUGUAAGGCUAAUUUAAUUUUAAAUAUAGUGAAUGAAGAAGUUUAUAUGUGUA